AUGGACGAAAGUACACCUCCCCCUCCUGCAGAGGGCUCUGGGUCGCCGCCGCCUCCACCCCCAGCAGCGCCGACGACGGUCUCUGGAUCCCCGACAGACUUUUUGAAGGGUGUCGUAGGCAAGCGCGUUGUAGUGCGCCUGACAUCAGGCGUAGACUAUCGUGGUGUACUCUCUUGCCUUGACGGCUACAUGAACAUCGCGCUCGAGCAGACUGAGGAGCAUGUCAAUGGCCGUAUAACGAAUCGAUACGGGGACGCGUUCAUCCGAGGAAACAAUGGUGCGUAUGUUUCCCCUUUGUCUAGAAAGCACGUCUUCCUCAUUACCCUAAAAUGGUUGUCUUUGUUCUUUGCAGUGUUAUAUAUCUCAGCGGCAGAGCCAAUAUAA